UGCAAAAUGUCAACAAAAAAACGACCAAAUUUAAGCUCCUUUGAAGAACAGAGCAAGAACAGAGACAAGAACAGAGACAACCUCUGUUUUAGAGAGAGAAGAAAAAAAAAACAGAGAGAAAUGAAAGGAACUCAAACAAAACCUCUUGUGAUUUCCAAAUACUUCGUCUUAUCUCUGUUUUUCUCUCUCCCUUUCCUUCUUCUCUUAUCACUCCGCCCUUACUACCACCGUCUCUCCACGGCGGCGACCGACAAUCCCCAGCCGGAAUCGGGCGAUUUAAAGAUCCGACCUGGGUACACUUCCUACAACCGGUACAUAAAGAAGCAGCUAAACAAAACCCUCGACCCGAAGCUCCGAAAGAUCUGGACGACCCGGGAUUGGGACCGGAAAAUCCAGGUUUUUUCCAGAUUCUUCGAGGGGUUAAAAGGGGAAGGGCUAAUCUCGCCGGAAUCAAAAGCUCUGUGCAUCGGAGCUCGGGUCGGGCAGGAAGUGGAGGCAUUGAGGCGGGUCGGAGUUUCGGAUUCGAUCGGAAUGGAUCUGGUUCCGUAUCCACCGUUGGUGAUUCACGGCGAUUUUCAUAAUCAGCCGUUUGGGAAUGAGACUUUCGAUUUUGAAUUCUCGAAUGUGUUCGAUCAUGCUCUGUUUCCGGAGCGGUUCGUGGCGGAGAUCGAACGGACGUUGAAGCCCGGCGGGGUCUGCGUUUUACACGUGGCGUUAUCGCGGCAGACGGAUAAGUACUCCGCUAAUGAUCUGUAUAGUGUGACGGCGUUGGAGGCUCUGUUUCGGAGAUCGGCGGUGGUACGCGUCGGGAAGAUCGACGGCUUUGGAUUGGACACGGAGGUUGUCUUCCGGAAAACGACGAACAGGAUCCGACGGUCCUGAUUCGACAGGGUUUUCAAUUUCUGACGUGGCGUGGUCCUUACAUACCGUGAAUCAUUGGGUCCAUACAUGCCCACAUGGAUUCGCACCAACUUAACUGAUUUAGGUUGGAUCAAGUCGGUAGCCCGAGUUGGGUUCAUAUGUUGUUUGAUUUUAGUUGCCUUCUGUCCUUUUGGGUUUGGCAACGGACUCUGCGAUUGUACAGUACUCACCUCAACAAGAGAGUUAAGUCAAAUUGUAUUAACAUCGCCUAUGGUUAAACAACGUAUGCUCAAGCCUUUGACCCCGUUUGAGAA